GCUCAAUCCCGCCCGUCAUAGCUCCAGGAUCAGGCAGCGUGAAACCACGACAGCAGUGUCUGUACCGGACCGGUACCCCCGCCAACAUCUGAGCGUGGAAUGGGACCAUUGGCUACAUGGCUCGCCGGUGACACAACUCGCGGGUCAUGGACUUGGAUGGCGGGGUUGAUACCGGCUGCCCCGCUUCCAUGAGCUUGACCAUUGGAGAUGGGCGAUUCAACGGCUGCUGCAGUAUCCGUAACCAUGAGAGGAAUAGGCUGGGCCCCACGGUGGCCUUUUGACAUGGGCCAUGAGCAUGGAGCUCCAAUGGACCUUCUUUUUUGAACACGAGCUGGUCGAACGAGGGGGACUAUAAGUAAGGUGCUUGCCGCUCUUCGCAUGACUUGCCGGCUUGUACUCGCCUCCACUUUGCUUCGCGAUCUUCCACCACCUUUUUCUCCGACGACUCUCGAAUCACCGACAAAAUGUCCAAACCCGAAGAUCUUCCCCCUAUGGAGUACCGCUUCCUGGGCCGUUCUGGUCUUCAGGUUAGUGCCAUCAGCUUGGGAGGCUGGUUGACCUACGGCGGCCACGUCGACUCCGAGGGCACUUUCAAGUGCAUGAAGGCUGCCUACGACUCUGGCGUCAACUUCUUCGAUACUGCUGAGGGUUACGCCAACGGCGAGAGCGAGAUUGUCAUGGGUCAAGCCAUCAAGAAGUACGGCUGGAAGCGCAAUGACCUCGUCAUCUCUACCAAGAUUUACUGGGGAGGUGCCUUUGGCGACAACGUUGUCAACAACAAGGGUCUGUCCCGCAAGCACGUCAUCGAGGCCAUGGACGCUUGCCUUGAGCGCCUCGAUCUCAAAUAUGUUGACCUCGUCUACGCUCACCGUCCCGAUCGCCAAACACCCAUGGAGGAGACCGUCCGCGCCUUCAACCACCUGAUCAACACCGGCAAGGCUCUUUACUGGGGAACAUCCGAAUGGAGCGCCGAUGAGAUCGCUCAGGCCUGGCGCUACGCCGACAAGCUGAACCUUGUCGGUCCCAUCAUGGAGCAGCCCUCGUACAGCAUGCUUGACCGCAAGAAGGUCGAGCACGAGUUCUUCCACCUCUACCGCGAAGUCGGCACCGGUCUGACCGUCUUCUCCCCUCUGCGCCAGGGUAUCCUUUCCGGAAAGUACAAGAAUGGCAUCCCCGAGGACUCCCGCUUCGGCUCCGAGAACAUUGGAUUCAUCAAGGACUUCUGGAAGAGAGAGAACGCCAAGAAGCAAUUCCAGGACCUCGUUGACAAGGCCAACAAGAUCGAGCCCAUUGCCGAGAAGCUGGGAAUCAAGAUGGCCACCCUGGCGCUUGCCUGGGUCCUGAAGAACAAGAACGUCAGCUCCGCCAUCAUUGGCGCGAGUAGUCCCGAGCAGGUGUUUGAGAACAUCCGGGCUAUCGGUGCGCAAGAGAAGUUGACGGAUGAGAUUAUGAAGGAGAUUGAUGAGGCGCUGGAGAACAAGCCUGACGCCAUUAUCCCGAGAUUCUAGAGCGGUCGAAUAUGAUGUACGAGAACAUGGAAUGAGAACUUCGGGGUAAGUACGUACAUAUACGAAAUACCAAUCGAAUAAUGCACAGA